AUGCGCAGUGGCGCCAAGGCGAGGUCGCCGCUAAGCCGAAGCGCCGGGGAUUCCGGGCCGGGUUUCUCAGGUCCGGGCUGGGGCGUGCGGCACCUGGCCAAGACACGCUGUGCUUUCUGGGGAAGGGACGCGGCGGCAGAAGACCCUGUGCGGCUCGGCACCGAGCCCGCCACGCAGGCGCCCGCGACGCCGCCGCCAUUGUUGCCUGUGGCCUCUCGGGCUGCUCGGGCUGCGCGUCCGCAGGUCCCGGCGACAGCUCCUCAGAACUCUGCUCUUUCCCAAGACACCCCAGAGGAAGACCCCAGAGAAAAACAUACUUUCCAGGCAGGGUGGCUAAAUGAUUUGGUGACCAAAGAAUCAAUGACAUUCAAAGAUGUGGCUGUCGACAUCACCAGGGAAGACUGGGAGCUAAUGCGUCCCGUGCAGAAGGAGUUAUACAAGACUGUGACAUUACAGAACUACUGGAACAUGGUUUCUCUGGGACUUACAGUAUAUAGACCAACUGUGAUUCCCAUACUGGAAGAACCAUGGAUGGUGAUAAAAGAAAUUUUAGAAGGCCCUAGUCCAGAAUGGGAAACUGAAGCGCAAGUGUGUACUCCAGUACAGAAUAUUUCUAAACUCACAAGUGAUGGAACCCAGACCGUCAAAUUAGAAGAAUUAUAUGACUUUGAUGACAGAUUAGAGAAGCAAGAAACAGAUACCUUCUGGAAAAUUCCCACUAAUGAAAGAAAUUUCAGUUUGAAGUCAGCCCCUUUACAAGAAGAUGACCCUACAGAAGAGUAUCUUAGUAAAUAUGAUAUAUAUAGAAAUGAUUUUGAAAAGCAUUCAAACCUAAUUGUACAGUUUGAUAACCAAUUAGAUAAUAAAACACCCAUAUAUGAUAUAGGCAGUGCAAUCUUCAAUCAUGUCUCACAUGGUGUUGUACACGGGAAAAUACUUCCUGGAGACAAGCCUUACAAAUGUAACGUGUGUGGGAAAAAAUUUAGGAAAUACCCAUCCCUCCUGAAACACCAAAGUAGCCAUGCCAAAGACAAAUCUUAUGAAUGUGAAGAAUGUGGGAAAGAGUUUAGGCAUAUCUCAUCCCUCAUUGCACAUCAAAGAAUGCAUACUGGAGAAAAACCAUAUGAGUGCCACCACUGUGGUAAAGCCUUCAGUCAGCGUGCACACCUCACUAUACAUCAGAGAAUUCAUACAGGAGAGAAACCCUAUAAGUGUGAUGACUGCGGGAAAGACUUUAGUCAACGUGCACACCUUACUAUACAUCAAAGGACACAUACUGGAGAGAAACCAUAUAAAUGCUUGGAAUGCGGUAAAACCUUCAGCCAUAGUUCGUCACUGAUUAAUCAUCAGAGAGUUCAUACUGGAGAAAAACCUUAUAUAUGCAAUGAAUGUGGGAAAACUUUCAGUCAGAGUACACACCUUCUUCAGCAUCAAAAAAUACAUACUGGAAAGAAACCAUAUAAAUGCAAUGAAUGUUGGAAAGUGUUUAGUCAGAGUACUUACCUUAUUCGACAUCAGAGAAUUCAUUCUGGAGAGAAAUGUUAUAAAUGUAAUGAAUGUGGAAAAGCCUUUGCUCAUUCCUCAACUCUUAUUCAACAUCAAACUACUCAUACUGGAGAGAAAUCCUAUAUAUGCAAGAUAUGUGGGAAAGCUUUCAGCCAGAGUGCAAACCUUACUCAGCAUCACAGAACACAUACUGGAGAGAAACCAUAUAAAUGCAGUGUGUGUGGGAAAGCAUUCAGCCAGAGUGUGCACCUUACUCAACAUCAGAGGAUUCAUAAUGGAGAAAAACCCUUUAAAUGCAAUAUAUGUGGGAAAGCAUACAGACAAGGUGCAAAUCUUACUCAACAUCAAAGAAUUCAUACUGGAGAGAAACCCUAUAAAUGUAAUGAAUGUGGGAAAGCUUUUAUUUAUUCUUCAUCACUUAAUCAACAUCAGAGAACUCAUACUGGAGAGAGACCCUAUAAAUGUAAUGAAUGUGAUAAAGAUUUUAGCCAGAGAACAUGCCUUAUUCAACAUCAGAGAAUUCACACAGGAGAGAAACCCUAUGCAUGCCGUAUAUGUGGUAAAACUUUCACCCAGAGUACAAACCUUAUUCAGCAUCAACGUGUUCAUACAGGUGCCAGGCAUCGUAAUUAA